CCCUUUUCUAAAAUUAGAUUUUCCUUCUCUAACGUCAUUCUACUUCACAUGAUCAGGGUGUGGAGAUCUUUAGGGCUCUGAUUGGCUGUUGCUAUGACAAUUCUGACGUCCAAAUUUCGCUGAUUGGCUUUCCGCGAAGGAAUAAAUUUUCAACACUCGUCAGUACCAUUUCAAUCUAGUGGGUAAAAUUGAAAGGAAGGUUCUACGGAAAGGCCAUAACGUUCUUCCUAUUGCUGUGCACAAAACUGUAAGAAUAGUUUGGUUAAAGGAGAUUGGACCUUAGAGUGGAGUAAAACUUACGAGAAGAGAUAAGUUGACGAUUAGCAGCAUUGCGAUUCGUAAGGGAAACAGAGCUAUAAAGUGAAGAUGACGUUCGGGACACAAGUGACACAAAGCGAUCGCAUUUCACCGAAUAAAGACAGCAUCCAUCACAAAAAUAACUCGAAGAAGAACACAAGAUUUCGGAACGACCGUUCCGUUAAAGUGAAAUCAGUUCAGGAGCCUGCUUCCGUUGUAUUAGAUUCAGGACUCGCGACUACUGUCAACAUACCACGUCGACGACGAAGCGAAAACAGUAGCGACACGGCGCUCAUUCCAUAUGCGGGGCCAAAAUUUAGCAGUCCACCUCAUCCAAGUGUUCUUCCCAAACCGCCAUCACACUGGAUAUCGUCUCCCAUCCACAAUCUCGACGGAGAUUUUGCGGCGAUGUCGCAACAUCUUAGAAUGCUGCUUCGAGUAGAGUCAUAGUGAGCUUUCUCAAAGACAAAGACGGCUAACGAAAGUAAAAGCUAUUCUAGUGUAUAUAUCAAGACCGAGACGUCAUAGCAAAUUUGUAGAUUUUGUACAAAUUUGUAUAUUUGUAAAUAAGAGAAAAUUUAUCAUACGUUCUAAUUUUUAAAUUGUUUUAGUUUCGAGUUUACAACAUCUUAGCUAUAUUGACGUGUAAAAUUCAUUUUGCUUUGUUUCAAUUUUGGUAAUUUGUUCAUGUCUGAUCGACUCAAAUGAAUUUUUUCUUAGCCUUUCUGACACAGGUAGAAAGUAAAAAUUUUCGUUAGGUUUUGGAACGUUUCAACCUUAGGAUGGUGCAGAAAGUAGUGAUAAUAUGUUAAGUAGUAAGUAAGGAAAAUCGGAUAUUUUAAACUGGAAAGUUGACGAAACAAAAAUAGAUAUGAUAGGACUUGUAAGACUCGCUCAACAACAGACUGAUUGAAGAGAAGAAAGAACUGAUCGACGUAUUUCCACGUAGAGGAAGUGUGAAGUGCCAACAAAUGGAUUCAUCUCCUUCGCUAGAUCUUGAACCAAAGACAAAAAUACUGGACUGCUUGGACACCCAUAGCUAAAAACUCACAACUACAAGAAAUCAAAGACUGAAGCCAGCAAGACUGAAGAAAGAAGACUGCGACACAAUUAUUCAGACAAGACAACAACGACAACACACCGGCCCUAUUCAGGGCCACCCAAAUCUGAAAAAGUCAUAACCAAUAGUGAGAUAUUUUGUGCAGUCGAUUCUUAUCAAUGCACAAUAUUCAUGCUCGUACUCCUCUUUCUCUUUAACUCUCUCUUACUUUAAUGGCUCCAUGUCAAUCAACUUCAGUCCAUUCUCCUCCCCAGUGUAACUUAAUAUUUUUUUAUCAUAGUCAUGACAGUAUUUAAAUUAUAAACUGUCACUAGUGUCAUUUUAACAUGUCCAGACUUGCAAGACCAUUGCGUAGUUUUCUCACCCAGACAGACAAUUUUAGCUGUUCAAGGUGUCAAGAUUGACAUAAAAGCCAAAAAAUAGAAACAAUACAAACUUCUACCAAACCUUAAUUAAGGAUUUGAAUAGAAUUCAUGGACCCCAUCCAAAAUUCAGCUCUGUGAGUGCUUAUUAAGAUAAGCCAUUUCCUGUUUGAAGUCAAAGUUCGUCAAGCUAACUUAAAAUUCCCUCCUGUCAAAUGUCUACAAAGGAACCUUGAAGGCAAAUAACCUUUCAUUCCUCAUGGAAUGCAGAACAUUAUAACUGAGAAUUGAAUCUGCUUUGGUAAGCAUAUCUAACACUUUGAAAUUCAACAUUUUUUCAUUGUCAUCAAUUCCAAAGGAAAGGCGGAAAAUGAAAAAUUCUUACCAUUAGUUAAAAGAGUGAGCAUUGCACGAGGUGCUUAAUUAAACCUAAAUUCUGUCAUUACAACAAAUUUUACUUAUAAUGGAUACACAUGCCAACCUUCUAUUAUCACAUUCUCAAAUUUCCAUUUACUAACACAAACUGACUUUACUUUUCUAGUUGAAUACUGCUCUAUGAAAUGUGUAGUCUUUUUUAAAAUGCCAAUUGCAUUUUAGCUGAGUUAGCUGACAGACUAUUGCCUUGCAUAUAAUUGGCCAAUGAGUACUUCAGCAGGGAGGUCUUUUGCCCCAAAUCUUUCACAUUCAGUUGUUCACCUUUGCUCAGGCAAUCACAGAGUAAAAUUAAACUGACUUCCAAGCAAUUCCAGAUUAAUCCUUGCACUUCAUUAACACUGCUCUGGCAAAAACUUGCCACUCUUCUGUUCAACUGCUCCACAAGGCUUUGUUUUGUUACCAUUUCCCUGUUACUAGCAACCUUGCCACUUGCUUGGCUGAACUUUGCUUUGAAGGGGGAGGAAGGAAAAGGUUCAGACCUUGCCAAAAUCUAAUAGCAACACCUUACACUAUUAAGAAAAAAAAGUGUAUCUACUUGCCUAGUAGCCCUAACAUUUACAGUACACUUCAAAUCAAUAAAAGCAAAACAUAUGAUUUCUUAGUCCAAUCUAAAAUUUCAGAGUCCAGCUCUCAAAGAAACCAAGAGUAAAUGAUUCUUUUAACUCCCAAAAGUGAUUAACAUGUUGCUUCUCCCUGUAAUAGCUAUACAUUAUCCAGCAAAAAGGUUAUAAAAAUACUUAAACUUAUCAGGUAGAGGUUGUUAUCUUGAUAUAAUAUCAAAUUCUCACAACUAAGUUAUGAGAAAAUGUGUGGCAGCUAGAGGGGAGAAUUAACAAUCAGAUUGUGGGAGUUAAAGGGUGAAGGCAGGCCUUGAAACCACCAAGAAGUGGGAUGGUUUCUUUGAGACUCUUAGUGUAACCUGGU